AUGAACAAAAUGCGUACUGUUGAUUCAUUAAACUUUAUACCGGCAACAAAUCAACAGCAACAUCUGCAGACCAAUCAUCUCACUGCUGAUUCAUCAAAAAAGAUUCCAGCAGAUGUUCAACUGCACAAUCAGGGAAAUCUGAACGAAAAGAAUAUUGUUGAUCCACACAACUUUGUGACUGCAGCUGAACAGCUCAAUACGUUGAACCAAAUAACCAUUGCCAUUUCACAAAAAUUUGUGCCUGCAGUUGAGAAGAGCAGUUCAACUUCUUUUGUAUCUGCGAAUGUGAUAAAAGCUCCCCAAGACAACCAAUCUGCUGGUGUCCUUCCUCUCAGUGAGAAAAUGGACAGCACAAAAGCAGGAAUACCUGGCCCAGAGGCAGUGAUUGUUGUCUUCGAGGGUGAAAAUCACUUGCUUUCUGCUGUAUUGGAGGCAUCUGAUUCUCUAUAUGCUUUAGCUGCUAGCCUGGACAUGAACUUGAAGCUAUUCUUCUCACAAACGCCCAAAUCAACAGAUCAAAUCAUUCUCAAUUGCAUCCAGAAUGCGAUUCAGAUAUCAGUAGUGCAUUGUUGCAGUCUGCAAGGAAAAAGAAAAGAAAAUGACAAGGUAUUAUCACCACCUAAGUUAAGGAAAUUCUCUCACAUAGAUGAUAUGAUGCCUGACCUCCCUGAAGUCUUUAUGAUUGAUCAAAGGUUGAAUAUGGGUAGUGAAGGUGUCUCUUGUCGCCCAAGAAAGUAUGAUGUGGAUGCUGUAAUCGGGAUUCAUGUAAUAGAUGAUGACUUCAUCAAUGAGCUGACUCCAAAUUUCAGAACAUACAAUGAAAGGGCUAGCAGUAUGGUGGACAUAUGCAAUUUCUCUAGGCAAUCCAAAUUGGGAGAAAAACAGCCAAUUAGAAGUUCCUUUCGUGCCAGCAUGCCAUCAGCCAGAGUAUAA